AUGAACAAAAACGGAACAGCUAAAAUGAAUGAUAAUCAAAUUAGAGCAGAAGGUAGAAGGUUAUUUAAACGCUUCUAUAACAUUCCUGAUGGUGUUAAUCCUAAAACUCGUAGAAGCUAUUUAAAUGAAGCAAUAGAUGCAUAUGAAGGGUUUGACAUUUCAUCAGAAAGUGAGAGAUUAGCGAGAAUGUUAAAUGUUAAUAUUGAUUUCUAUUAUUGUGAUCCUCAACCAGAAGACGUGGACAUAAAUAAGGUAGACUUUCCAUUAGUGGAAUCAAUAAUGAUAGAUCCAGAAUUUGAAACAGUAAAUAUUUUAUUAACACAGAGUCCAUGUGGAAAACUUCACGCUGACAGAAUAACAGACGUUGAAGCACUCACCGGCUAUAAAGUUUGUCCAUAUUGUAAAGAAGAAGUUUAUUCUAUCCGUGAUGACCCAGAAAGGAAAAACCAAAGAAGAUUUUUAAAGCAUUGUGAGAAAUGUAAAGAAAAUAAUGGAAGAUUAAUUCAAGACGUUCAAUUGCAAAAGACCCAGCAACCAUAUGCACCACAUAUUACGAAACAGAAGAUAUAUCAGUGGUUAUUAGCUCACAAUUUGCAGGAAUAUUAUAAACCGACAAGAUAUUAUAUUACUUUUGA